AUGAGCUCUGACCGAACCAGAGUCAGUCAAGGUGGAAGAAAGCCCGAGGUUGAGUCGAGAGAAGGCACAACUGCGAAAUUUCGCAAUUCGAUUGACCAGAACCAGGCCCAAUUAGUCACCAAACUAGAAGGCACAGGCAAAUGCAGACAGGAUGCAACAACCUCCAGGCUUGGCUUCACGUCUACCAAGGUCUAG